AUGCCUUCUUGCACCCUGAUUAGUGCUGUCCCAUCUUUCAUCUCUCGCGAAGAACAUACCGCCAUUGUUGCUCAAACACCAGCAUCUUUCAACGACAUCCCCCCAGUUCUCUGUCACCAGGAAGAAAAUGUCCGAGUGACUCUUGACCCGCCUUUAGAAGGAUUUUCGACGGAGGAUGCUAGUCAUGGCACGCUCUACGUGAUCGAAAGCGUGCUUGUGUUCAUGUCGACCACUGGGUGCGGAUUCCAGAUUGAAUACCCCACGAUCACGCUCCAUGCUGUCUCAAGAGGUGAUGCAGGGCCGUCAAUAUACUGCCAGCUCGACGACCCGUCCGACAAUGACGCUGAUAACAUGCGCGAACUGAAUAUUCUGCCGCAAACAGCUGAUUCUCUUGAGUCGAUAUUUGACGCUCUUUCACGAUGUGCUGCCCUGCACCCUGAUCCGAACAUGUCGGACGACGGGGAGGACGAUGCUUUCGUCGACAUGGACGGUGGCUUCCAAGCCUUCACUGGUGAGGGAGACGAAGAACUAAGCGAAGUUGGUCGGGCGACCCUUGAACAUCUUGAAUCAAUUAUCGUGUAUCCUCAAACCAACGAAUAA